AUGUCUUCAAAAGAUAAACAAAGUGUUAAGAGUGACAAGUCUAAGGACAAGAAGAAGAAAUCCACUAAAUUGGACAAGAAGGAAUCUAAAAUUCUACCUCCUCCAGAUAAUGACUAAUAAUAACUAAUUGCAAGAGUAAUUGGUAGAAUUGGAGACAAAGAAAGCAAGAGUUUGGCCAAUUGUGAAGAUGAUCCACAAAUGCAAACAUUCAAUACUAACAACAAUUAUUAAGCCACUGAUUUUUCCAUGCAAAAUAAUUAAUUUGAAAAUUAUCAUACUGCCAAUAAGAAUAAUAAUCAAUUCAGAACCAAUAAAUUUAUGACAGAUCAGACGACUUAUUAAUAAUAGUAGUAGGAUCAAUAUUACCAAAAAAGUCCAUAAUAAUAUUAAGAUCAAUUUUAUUCAACCAGUUAUAGUCAACCCUAUAAUUUAAAUCCAUCAUUUACAUAAUAAGCUGCGUUCGAUUAUAGACAUGAAAGAAUCAAAGAUCAAGUUUAAUAGAGCUUGUUACCCAAAAGAUAAGAAAUACUGGAAUAAGUCUAAAAGAUAGAUAACAGAAUAGAUGAAAUCAAAUAUCAAUCCCAAAAAAUUGAGAACAUUACCAGAGAAGAAUGCGAAAUCAUCAUUGAUAAAUUAAAAAGCGUUGAAGCUUAAAAGCUAUAAAUGUUGUAUCAUGAUAAGAAUGAAUUACUCAGAGACGUCGACUAGAUUGAAGCUCUACAAUAAAGGGUCUCGUAAUUGUAGGAUUUCAACUCUCAAAAGAACUUAGACUUAUUUGAAAAUAUAGAAAGAUUGAGUAGGAAGAGAAUUAAAAAAUAGAUUGAAACUUACCCAGAUGAUUUACCUUAGGAUUUGAUUCAAUUCAGACAAUUGUAAUAGUAAAAUUAGAUGCUACAGAAACUGAUGGAUUUCAAGAAUGAAGUCAUUUGGAAACUCUAUAAUGAUUCCUAAAUAGAAAGUAAGAAGAUCAGAGAGGAACUAGAAAGAUAAGCAAAUCAAGAAUUUCAAGAAUGGUCCAACAUUGUAGAUUAAUACUAAUCUGAAUUAAAUAGGUAUAAGUUACAAUGCACCUUUUGUGGAAUCAACUUUGAUUAUUAAUUGAUCAAUUCUGAUUGCAAUUUAAAUCAAUAGGGAGCUAAAAUCUAAUUUGACUGUGAAUAGGUUCCUCCAGAACAAUUCUUUGGUACUCGAAGACACUUCUUUUGUAAAAGUUUAUAAAUGCAACAAUCUUAAAUUUAAGCAGAAGACAGUAAGGUGUGA